CCCGGCUUGCGGGAGCUGGGUGUUUCCUGCCUCUCUCAGUCAGCGUUUGGAGACUCCGGCGUCCUCCGACUUUUCAUGGAAGAGAUGUCAGGAGAAAGUGUGGUGAGCUCAGCGGUGCCAGCGGCUGCUACCCGCACCACUUCCUUCAAGGGCACCAGCCCCAGCUCCAAGUACGUGAAGCUGAAUGUGGGCGGAGCCCUCUACUACACCACCAUGCAGACGCUGACCAAGCAGGACACCAUGCUGAAAGCCAUGUUCAGCGGGCGCAUGGAGGUGCUCACUGACAGCGAAGGCUGGAUCCUCAUCGACCGGUGUGGGAAGCACUUCGGUACGAUACUCAACUACCUUCGUGACGGGGCUGUCCCCUUGCCCGAGAGCCGCCGGGAGAUCGAGGAGCUGCUGGCAGAAGCCAAGUACUACCUGGUCCAGGGCCUGGUGGAGGAAUGCCAGGCAGCCUUACAACAGAACAAAGACACUUACGAGCCUUUCUGCAAAGUUCCUGUCAUCACCUCAUCCAAGGAAGAGCAGAAGCUUAUAGCGACUUCAAAUAAGCCAGCCGUGAAGCUGCUCUACAACAGAAGUAACAACAAAUACUCGUAUACCAGCAAUUCUGACGACAAUAUGUUGAAAAACAUUGAGCUCUUUGACAAGCUCUCCCUGCGCUUUAAUGGAAGGGUCCUGUUCAUAAAGGACGUCAUUGGGGAUGAAAUUUGCUGCUGGUCCUUUUACGGGCAGGGCCGCAAGAUCGCCGAGGUCUGCUGCACCUCCAUCGUCUAUGCCACUGAGAAGAAACAGACCAAGGUGGAGUUCCCAGAGGCCCGGAUUUAUGAGGAGACCCUCAACAUCCUGCUGUACGAGGCCCAGGAUGGCCGAGGACCCGACAACGCGCUCCUGGAGGCCACGGGCGGGGCGGCCGGCCGUUCCCACCACCUGGACGAGGACGAGGAGCGGGAGCGGGAGCGGAUCGAGCGCGUGCGGCGCAUCCACAUCAAGCGGCCGGACGACCGGGCGCACCUCCACCAGUGAGCGAGCGAGCGAGCCGCCUCCCGCCUCCCGCCUCCCACCUCCCGCCUCCCCUGCUCUUCACUCCGACUCCUGCAGGCUCCGGGCGCCUUCCACUUCUCCCGGAGGCUGGGGAUACUUUUGUAAUCAGCCAGAUAAUUAUUUUGAUAUUUUUCGACCAGGUGACUGUCUUUCCCCAGGCGAAUGCACCCUAGUUCUUGAGCAAGCCGAGUCCAAGGUCUCCCCCUUCCACAGGAAUCGGGGACUCCUUGGAGCCAGGCUUUCUGGGUUCUCGGAAAAAAGUGUGAAUGGGUGUGAAGCAGAUGUGAGAAAUGUUGUUUGCAGUAUUUAUUUUUGUGGGCGUGGACUGCCUAUUUCAGCUUUGGGGCGGCGUUCCCUUGGCAUUCAGUUGGACAGCCCCAAGGGGGAUCCUGCCAUCGGUGGCCACCAGAGGUUCCUGUGAGCAUCCUGUUUUGUUGUCUCCUCCCCCCCCACCCCAGCACACUGGCUGCCGGCUCCUGUGUCUAGACUUCGCGGCCGUCCGGGGUUUUGCCGAAAGCCCCUUCGGCAGCAGGAUUUUGCGCCUCUAGCUUAUUGGCAAAUGAUUGCAGUUUGCGGCGUGGAAGACAGGACCCAGGAGCCUCGUGCCUCUAACUUGGCCUGGCCUGACUCUGGGUGCCCCACUCUGGGUCAGGGCAGGCCUGUUGCCACCUGGGCUGACCUGGGAUCCGUGCUCAUUGGGAUCCCACAUGCCUGGCCAAGGACAGAACUGCCCCUGGCAUGGAGUGCUGGCCCCUUCGCUGAUCCCUGCCCUGUCCCCCUGCCCUCUUUGCUGGCCAGUCCCGUGCUGGGAAGGUCAUCCGGCCCGGUUACAGGUGGAGCUCACACACCACUGCUUCUUGGGAUCCCUUCCUCUUCUUUCGGCCUUCUUCUCUGUUAAGCUGGGCUGUCUCAGAAGCCCUGCCCUUUGCUAAGAAAGUGGAUGUGGCCUGGCCCUGUCACCCGAGCCUGGCAUCCAGGCAGGAAGCCCACCCACACCAGCAGUGUCAGGGCACCCGCCCGCUGGAGAUCCCCUUCAUGUCUUUACAGUGUGGCCACGGUGAGCAGGAGUGCGAGGCUGUGCAGGCCCUUUGUGGUCCGGCUGCAUGUGUGUGUUCAUGUUUAAGGGACGUGUGCGACUGGGGAGGGGACGUGUGCUUGUGGGGCGCAGGGGGCCCACACCGGAGCCCGGCUGUCCGCACCGUUGCUCGUGCAGGACAGACGCUCUCGGUGACCUACCUCUCAGUCUCCUCUGCGCCCGCAAAGGGACAGAAGUGCAUUGUGGCUGAUGUGGCUCCGACUAGAGUAGGUAGAGUAGUUAGAGGGCGGCGUGAGCGCGGGAGGGAGUGGCUGGGGUUUUAUACCAAAGGUGUUAAUGUGGGCAGCCUUUGCCACCGUGUAUUCCGAAAAAAACGAGUUUACAUUUUGAAAUGGUUUAUACAGCUUAGGCUUUGCACCUGCUGCCCUUCUCAGGACAGUCAUAGGCCUUUAUUUUGUAUCCAGCAGCGAAGCCUCCACUAAAACUCUCAAACAGUCUUGACUGAACCUAAACAUCAUGUAUGUAUGGCGGUGGAUGCUUUUUAAACUGUUGUGAUUGGGGGGCGCUCCUACCAGGCCAUUGGAGUUUAUUAAAUGCACGGGAAAGGGGGCUUAAACACGGUUUCGUAAAUAUUUUAUGUACCGUUUCAGUUUUAAACACCAACCCUGGCAUUUGGGUUGAACUUUUUUAGAAAGUUAAAGCGAAUGUCAGUUUUGAUGUUUUCUAUGGGAAUGGAAAAGCCAUCCUAUGAAUUGUUUUUUUUAAUCUUUCUGUGAAGAGUAAGUCUGUGGAACAGUCGGAUUGUUUGGGCAUCUGCACCGUCUGAGCUCCUGUUUCUGGCAGUCUCUACGCUUUUCCUACCCUUUUUGUUCUGAGUCUUUGCUUUCCUGGGAUCGAAACAGGUUCCUGAGACAUUCCGUGGUUAAGGAUGCCGUUAGCUGUGUAGCCAAGAGCUGACAGGACGCGUUGGCUGGUCCAAGCUCUGUUGGCAAACGUGUUCUACGAGGAACGGAUUUUUAUGUGAGCACGAAGGGCAAACCAAGGUCAAUAUUUAUACCGGAAAACCGUCUAAGUGAAAACGCUGGUCUAAGAUUUGGGGAAGUGUUUUAUUACAUUGUGAGAGCUUACAGUUAAAGUAGAACAGCGUGGGUCCCAUGUUGUCAAGGGGUCCUUGUGGGUGGGGACUGGGGGCCUAUGCCCAAGACAAUCCUGGAGGAGCCUCUUUGGUCCCCCUCCCUCUGCCCCCGGGUCAGCAGAUGAGCAGCCAGGCUGAGGGGCGGGGACCCCACCCUCGGCCUGCGUGUGCUUGCCUGCACCCCACGGCAGCUGCUCGGGACCCAGGUGUCCGCUCCGCCCCGCGUCACUGUAGCACACUUGUGUGUCACUAACCUUUCUGUGCUCUGAAGAAAAAUGCCAUAAACGGUAGAAGUAGUCACUGUAUGUUGAACAGGCAUUGUGGAUGUGUAAAAUAAAAGUUACGUGAUGCUUCUGUG